AUGCUAGACAAUCGAGGAUCUCUAGCAGCAGCAGUCUCAUCUAUGGGCGAAUCUACAAGAUUUGGGCCAACAUACGCAUUAUGGAAUGCCGCACUAUCACGACUAGGAAAAACAGGACGAUCACCACCGAUAUGUACAUCUACGAAAAUUAUAGAGAAUCUUUGCUACGCUAUUAAAGAGAAUGUGACAUUCAACAACACAAUCACAACACUGGACCUUGUCGGUCUACCCUUAACAAUCAAGGCCCUAGUAAACCUCGGUAAAGCAAUUUCCUCAAACGCAUCGAUACGGAAACUCUCCCUCGCCAACUGCCGAUUCGGCGACGACGGAUUCAAAGCAAUCGCUCCCGGCCUGAAAUCAUCAUGCAGCAUCCGCUCCAUCAACGUAUCGGCAUGCAACUUAACAUCAUUCAGUGCGUCCCUCCUUGCUGAACUGCUUAAAUCCCAGGCAUUACGGAGACAAGCAUCAAGAUGGGCUACGACACUUCGCUUUUCAUCUGACGAUCUGCCACGGGCUGCUGAGAAUUUAGAGUCUAUUGCUGACUCGUCGCCGAUACGGAGGGUCAAUCUGUGCUGUAAUUUUAUCGGUGAUGAAGGAUGUGAGUUUUUGGCUGAUGCGUUGAGGGAGGAGAUUGGGUUGCGGGCGCUAGACUUGCAAUUUAAUGAGAUUACGACGCAUGGUGGGAGGGCGUUUCAGCAGGUACUGGAUUUCAACAAGGAGCUUGUGUUACUUGAUUUGAGGAAUAACCUAAUAGACCCAGUGCUACAUCACCUUAUGCAACGCAAGAUUCGAGAAAAUAAUGAAAUUUACUCUGGACAUGCUAUUUCAGAGGCGAACUCUGAGCUACUGCUCCUACCAGCCCACGACCCCCUCCAGAACGCCUUCCACGUAUCCUGCGAAGUCUCACACACCCAACACACACAAUCCUCACUCAACCGUGUAAACAUCUCAGCACACACCCUCCAUCCAACCACACCGAAAAAAUCCAAAAAAGUAGUCAUAACCACCAACCCCACAACCCCAACAUCAAAACCAGCAUGGAAACCCGCCGGAUCAAACAAUCGCUGGAUCCGUCCCAAACAACGUGCCUUCAAUGCCGUAGCGCUGCUAGACCCUUCACUGAGAUCAUCACGGGCUCCAUCCGUGCCGGAUAAUACACAGGCAGGAUCAGACUGGGACGCGGAUUCACAGUCGCAUAUGGAGGUUGCCGCGGCUGAAGAGGUAAUUCGAGAUUUGAUUGAUGUGCAUGCGAGUGGGAAGCAUCGUGUGAGGGAUGUGAGUGUUGGCGUGCAUCAGGAUAUGUCUGUGAUUAAGAACCAGUAUCAACAGCAUGAACAGCAUGAGACAGAGUCGAUAGAUCUGGACACGUCGGUACCUGCAUCGCUUAUUGAACCACACGAAGCUAAGCGAGGAAUGGUUACGGCUGCACCAGCAAGAACAGUAGAUCAUGGACAAGACCUGUCAGUUGUCGUAGGUACGAUUGAGAAAUCAUUCAAGGGGCUUACGCUGUUGUUGGACGAGCUGGAACGUAAGCAGAUCAAGAAGAGGAUCAAGAAAGCCAUGAAAGACAACAUCAUUAAAGAUUUGCCACAUUUGCCCGUGAAGGAACAAGAAAGAGUAUAUGAUCAAGAUACCGAAACGAGCACAUCCUUCAUUCGUGAAAAGAUAGAUAAGAUUGCACAGAGUAUGAAGAUUGUAAAUACACUAUAUUGA